CUUGGCACUUGCUUGCUGCAGGUGGCAUUCAAGGCAACAGUACAGAUCUGUACGGAGUAAGUGCUCCUUAGGUAAUCCGUAAAGGCCUGCUAGCUAGCACUAAGAAUUUCCUCAAUGGCGGGGCAGUUGAAUUGGUACCCCUCCAUCAACAAUUUGCAUUGCAAAUCUCAGGGCCAAGAUUGACUCACUAACACGGUCCGAUCUCGAACAUCGCAUAUCCACACAAAAGUUUAUGACUGGUUGCGAGAACUUCGACUGACCUAUAAUUGAAUCUUACACCAUCUCCGAGGCGUUUUGCCCGCCAAACCCAACAACACUUAACACAUUCACUCCUGUAAACCCAGGCGUCCGUCAUCAUCACCAUGCCCGAAGUCCACCUUCUCGAUUACGUCGCCGGUAACGUGCGGUCUCUUGCAAACGCCAUCGAGAAAUGCGGAUACACAGUCUCUUGGGUCAGGUCGCCAGAAGAGAUCUCCAGGGCUGACAAGCUGAUCCUCCCCGGUGUCGGACACUUUGGCCAUUGUCUCUCGCAACUGGCUUCCGCUGGGUACCUUCCGGCCAUCAACCAACAUAUAGCAGCUGGCAAGCCGUUCAUGUCAAUAUGCGUUGGUCUGCAAGCCUUGUUUGAGGGCUCGCUAGAAGAUCCCCAGGUUCAGGGCUUGGGCUGGAUUAAGGGCAGUCUCGACAAAUUCGACGAUUCGCAAAAGUCGGUGCCACACAUCGGUUGGAACAGCGCCAAUUCGAGUAGCAAGAGCCUCUACGACUUGAGACCGGAAAGCAAAUACUACUACGUCCACACAUACAAGUUCCCGUACGUGGAAGGAGAGCUUGAGGGCCAAGGCUGGACUGUUGCUACAGCCACGUACGGUAGCGAGACAUUCGUUGGUGCCGUAGCAAAAGAUAAUAUCCUAGCCACGCAAUUCCACCCUGAGAAGAGUGGCGUGGCCGGCUUGCGCUUAAUCAAGUCCUUCCUUACAGGCGAGGGCGCAAAGGCUUUGGGCCAAACGGUUACCGGCCCGGCACCAACAGGAGGUCUUACGAAACGUGUUAUUGCAUGUCUCGACGUACGAACCAAUGACCAGGGAGAUCUUGUAGUAACGAAAGGCGACCAAUACGAUGUGCGCGAAAAGUCAGACGACCGAAAUGUACGAAACCUUGGAAAGCCUGUCGAGUUGGCCAAGAAAUAUUAUGAGCAAGGCGCCGAUGAGGUGACAUUCCUUAAUAUUACCUCUUUCCGCGAUUGCCCCGUUGCCGAUCUACCUAUGCUCGAAGUCCUGCGUCGCGCGUCUGAGACCGUCUUCGUUCCUCUGACUAUUGGCGGCGGAAUCCGCGAUACGGUCGACACGGACGGGACCAAGGUUUCGGCACUCGAGAUAGCCACCAUGUACUUCAAAUCCGGCGCUGACAAAGUCUCAAUCGGCUCCGAUGCCGUGCUAGCCGCAGAAGAAUACUACGCAGCGGGUAAAGAGCUGUUCGGCAACACUGCCAUUGAGCAGAUUUCACGCGCGUAUGGCAACCAAGCCGUCGUAGUUUCCGUGGAUCCCAAGCGUGUAUACGUGCCCAAGGUCGAUGCUACCCGCCAUGCGACUGUAAAGACGGCCUUCCCCGGACCAAAGGGUGAGGAAUAUUGUUGGUAUGCCUGCACCAUCAAGGGCGGCCGUGAAACAAGGGACAUGGAUGUGGUUGAGCUCGCCCAAGCUGUGGAAGCCAUGGGCUGCGGUGAAAUUCUUUUGAACUGCAUCGACAAGGAUGGCACCAAUUCCGGCUACGAUCUGGAGCUUAUCAACCAAGUCAAGGGCGCCGUACGUAUACCUGUCAUCGCAUCCAGUGGUGCAGGUAACCCUGCCCAUUUUGAGGAGGUGUUUGCUAAGACAAAGACGGAUGCUGCAUUGGGCGCCGGCAUUUUCCACAGAGGCGAGUAUACUGUCAAGCAAGUCAAGGAUCACUUACAAGGAAAGGGGCUCGAGGUACGCCAGUUCGAGGGUGAUUAUUGAGCAAUGGCUAGACUUGACCAGGUCGUGACCAGCGCGAAUUUGAGAAGCGUAAAACACAGGUUGGGCUAGAUUGGUGGGGCGUAGGGGCGAAACAGACUGUGCCUGGGCACUAAAGUAAGGGCAUCAAUGGCAUAGAAGCGUUUGUUUUAGAAUAUGUUGUAUUUGUGAUCAAGCAUAGGAUUGACAUUAUUCUAUACCAUGUUUACAAGUUAGAUUCGAGUUGAAAAUGAGAUUUUGCGCUGUG